CCGCUAGUGUUGUUUUGGGGGGAAUGAAAUGUGUGUGGGACCAGGAAGUUCUACCGGCUUUACAUCAUGGAGGUUAAUCCCUGAAGGAGACUUCAGUUCUUCGUACGUCAGUCAGCAGAAUUGUGCGUGUGAUGGCUCUACCAUGAAGAGUGCCCGCUGCCUGCUCCAGCUGCAGUGUCUCACACUGGUUGGCCAGUCCACCAGGUCUGCUGCCCAGUAUGGAGCUCUACUCCGGGCGGCUUCCUCCAGGCCUGUGGCCCCCCCGCCACACCGCCCCCCGCUGCAGGUGUUAAGACGUUUCCACGGCAGCCCGGUGCGGCCCAAGGACCGACCGAUCCCCGCGGAGUUCAUCAACGAGGACGACAAGAAGGGGGACAGGUCCUUGGUUGUCCACGACGACCUGUUUGAGCGGGUGGCCAGAAAUGUGAAAACCAAGGCCACGUUCAACAAAGUGGUGGACGUUUUCAUCAAGAACGACGUGAGACGGCGAGGUCACGUGGAGUUCAUCUACGCUGCUUUGAAGAAGAUGCCAGAGUUUGGUGUGGAGAGGGACCUGGUGGUCUACAACAGGCUGCUGGAUGUCUUCCCCAAAGAGGUGUUUGUGCCCAGGAACUUUAUCCAGCGGAUGUUCAACCACUAUCCCCGGCAGCAAGAGUGUGGGGUGCAGCUACUGGAGCAGAUGGAGAACUACGGUAUCAUGCCCAACAUGGAGACCAAAGUCCUGCUUGUCCAGAUCUUUGGAGAGAAAGGCCACCCUAUGAGGAAGUUCCAGCGCAUCAUGUACUGGUUCCCCAAAUUCAAGCAUGUCAACCCAUUUCCUGUACCCAAGCAUCUGCCCGAGGACCCGGUGGACCUGGCUCGCUUCUGCCUGACCCGCAUUGCUAACGACCGGGACGCUAAAGUCACCGUGCACCAGCUGCCAUGCACAGACGUCACAGAGAGUGGCGAGCAGAUCACACUUCCACAUUUAGUAGGUAUCCAGGGCCCCAGCCAGGUGGAGCUGCUGGCCAAGCACAACCCAAACAGGCCGUUGUUUGUCGAGGGCCCCUUCCCUCUUUGGCUGAGGAACACGUGUGUGUACUACUACGUCCUCAGAGCUGACCCCACACCGCCGGAGGAGAAGGUUGAGGAGCCCUUUGAUCCAGAGAGGUGCUUGGACUAUCCUCUGCGCCUCGAACUGGAUCUGGACCGUGACCUUGGGGACGAGGAGAGCUUUGACGUUGAAGACUUGGACGAGGGCCCGGUCUUUGCCAUGUGUAUGACCGGCUUAGGAGAACAGGCCGUCCUCAACCAGUGGAUCUCUGGCCUCCAGGAGGAAAAUCCCAUCCUGGGUCGGGUCCCCACUCUGUUCCGCCUUGACGCUGGGCCCCGGGAGCUGCAGGGGGCGGAUGAGACCGAUUCAUUCCACCACCACGGCCCAGAACCUGAGUACCAAAAAGAGGAGAGACAGCCUGAAGAAGAACUGGAGGAAGAGCCAAGGACAAGCCAGAGGAUGAAACGGUGAAGGGCGGUAUCCCAACAUACUGUACUAUGACGGGUAGGGGCUGGACUAGUGUGAGCUACUGGUUCGCUGAACCUGACGAGGACUAAUCAUGGUAAGCUUCAGUAAUAA